AUGCGAUCGGGCCAUCUUAAUACCGCCAAUCAGAGGUCGUCCUGGAGAGGAUCCCAACUGUGCCUGUUUCUUGUUCCUGAAAAAAGAGAGAUCUCGCCUUCACUUCUCAUCACCUUUUAACACUUUCCUCAUCUUCAUCCCUUUCUCUCCACUCUUCCUCAAUACCCUCUUACCCUCUAUUACACAAUAUGACCGUCUUUGAAGCAACCUGCACGGCACCCGUCAACAUCGCCGUCGUCAAGUACUGGGGCAAGCGCGACACCUCCUUGAUCCUCCCCACUAACUCGUCCCUCUCAGUCACGCUCUCGCAGGACCAACUCCACUCCAAGACCACCAUCCGCGCCUCUGCUGACUUUAUUUCCGACCGUCUCUGGUUGAACGGCAUUGAGGAAUCCAUUGAGAAGAACAAGCGCCUGGUCGCCUGUCUCCGUGAGACCCGUGCCCUUCGCGCUCAGAUCGAGGCCCAGAACGAGACCGCACCCAAACUCUCGGGACUCAAGAUUCACAUCUGCUCCGAGAACAACUUCCCCACCGCUGCCGGGUUGGCCUCCUCAGCCUCUGGCUACGCCUGCCUUGUCUAUACGCUCUCGCAGCUCUUCCAAUUGCCUCUCGAUGCCUCGGAUCUGUCAAUCGUCGCCCGUCAGGGAUCGGGAUCUGCCUGCAGAAGUCUCUUUGGCGGGUUUGUCGCCUGGGAAAUGGGCGAGAAGGCCGAUGGUUCCGAUAGCAAGGCUGUUCAGAUCGCUCCCGAGACCCACUGGCCCGAUCUCCAGGCCAUGAUUUGCGUCGUCUCUGAUGAGAAGAAGGGCACCUCUUCAACCGAGGGCAUGCAAUUGACCGUCAAGACCUCGGCCCUGUUGCAGCACCGCAUUAAGGAAGUUGUACCCAAGAGGAUGGAGGACAUGAUCGCCGCUAUCCACGACAAGGACUUCCCCAAAUUCGCAGGGUUGACCAUGCAGGACUCGAACCAGUUCCACGCCGUCUGCCUUGACACCUACCCCCCUAUCUUCUACAUGAACGACAUCUCCAGAGCCAUCAUUCGCAUUAUCACAGAGUACAACAAGGACGGCGUCAAGGCCGCCUACACCUUUGAUGCCGGCCCAAAUGCUGUCAUUUACGCGCCCCAGAAGAACAUGGCCGAGAUCUAUGCUAUCCUCUCCUACUACUUCCCCGGUGCCGCCUUUGACGACUCGCUCGGAUUGUUGAAGGAGAACUCAACCCUACCCGCCCUGCCCCAGUAUUUUGACACCAGGAUCUCGCCCGUCUUUGCCCAGGGCAGCGUCAAGCAGAUCUUGCACACCAAGGCCGAUGGUGGUCCCCGUGUUCUCGACUCUGCUCAGCAUGGUCUCUUGAACCUCGAGGGUCUUCCCAAGCGCCUCGCUUAGACGUAGAUCACCAUAAUCCAUUUCUUAAUAAACCAUCCUAGUAGUCCAGUAAUAAACGAAAAAAGUACUAUCAUAC